GGCGCCGGCUGCGGGAAGGCGGGUGGGCGCCCGGAGAGGACGCGCCCUCGCCGUCGCCCGGCGGCUGCCCAGCGUCCUCGCCUCCCGCGUGGGGAGGCGGGGAGGGAGGCCCAGCACAGCUGCCAAGGGGCCGAGGGAUGAGCCGGGGCCCGCCUUCCCAAUGGCAUCUCCCCCUGGUCUGGAACUGAAGACACUGAGCAACGGUCCCCAGGCCCCAAGGAGACCAGCUCCCCUGGGUCCAGCGACCCCUCGCCGGGAGGGUGUGGAGAAUGCCUGUUUCUCCUCCGAGGAGCAGGAGACCCAUUUCCAGAACCCUGGGGACACCAGACUGGGCAUCCCCAGCCCCCCGGGGGGCGUCCCUUCACAGCUGCGGUCCCAGAGGGACGAUCUGUCCCUGCGCUCAGAAGAGGGGCCAGGCCUGGAGCCCGUGAGCCGCCCGGUGGAUUACGGCUUUGUUUCUGCCCUGGUUUUCCUGGUGAGCGGCAUCCUGCUGGUGGUGACCGCGUACGCCAUCCCCCGCGAGGCCCGCGUCAACCCAGACACAGUGUCGGCACGGGAGAUGGAACGGCUGGAAAUGUACUACGCCCGCCUGGGCUCCCACCUGGACAAGUGCAUCAUCGCAGGCCUGGGGCUGCUCACGGUGGGCGGCAUGCUCUUGUCUGUGCUGCUGAUGGUCUCUCUGUGCAAGGGCGAGCUGUACCGGAGGCCGACCUUCGUGCCAGGCAGGGGCACCAGAAAGACCUAUGGCUCCAUCAACCUGCGCAUGAGACAGCUCAGUGGGGAUGGGGGCCAGGCCCUGGUGGAGAACGAAGUCAUCCCCAUCCCAGAGACUUGCCACACCUGCCAGGGGUCUUAAGUAAGAGCCCACCCUAUCUGGCUGCUUCAGCUUCCAGGCUACGAGGCCCCCAAGUCUGGGUUUCAGACUGAGCUCUGCAGAGGGCCCUGUGGAAGGAGUCAUGGGUGCUGGAGGGGGAGCCUGGGGCCUGGUCCGGGCUCCUGGGGAGAGCAGCCCCUGAUCUGUUUCGUAGCUUGAGGUUUGGCAUAAGGUUUUGUUUGAAGGAUGGCUUCUGCUGCUAAAAAUACAAAAGUUUGGAAACUGCUGCCCUUGGAGGAUGAGGUUUCUUGGCAUUUCCGAGGAGCGAGAGCUGUUUGAAAGGCUGCCCAUCCUGUUCCCUGUGCCCGGGGGAAUUCCGGGAUCUCUGCUGUCCUCCUCAGCCACAUAUGGGUGUUGGGCGACUUUGGAGGGACCCCUUUCAUGAAGCCCCAACCAUCUAAGGUGGGAGGUGGCUUCCUGAUGAGGGACAGAGCCAGCACUGGGAUGACCUCCCCUCUCCAGGCCUCAGUCCUCCUGACCCUGAUAUGAGAGGCCUGGCGUGGCUGAUCCCUUGGGCCCCUCCAGUUCUGCCUUAGGGACUCCUGUGUACAGUGGGAGCCAGGUAUCUGCAUCUGGCCACUCUCAGGGGAGGGGCGUGUCUGGCAGGUGCUGAUCCUUCUCCGUGUCAUUUUCUGACCUUUUGGUGGCCAUCACUCUCGGAGAGUCAGCAUCUCACCUGGUCCUGCUAAAGGACCCCUUGCGUCCCCAGGUUAGGCCAGGCUACGUUCGAAGUUUCUUAUAGCCUGCUUUUGGCCUUGGGAUCGAAUUACCUGCUGCGGCUAGAUCUUAGCACACAUUUUACAAAGUCAUGCACCCAGUUUCACUCACUCCCUGGACAGGGGAUUCUCUCAAACAAGAGAGGCUGAGGGCUGUGCUAUAUUUUUAGGGACAUGGUGUGGGCUUCAUUAUCCGCUCCUUCUGAGUAUGUUUCUUGGGCCUGACCCUAUGCAAGUAACAGAAAAAGAAAAAAAAAAAUUUAAUGCUGAAUUUGUGAUCUUCUUCCCCUAACAUCCCCGCCCCUGACCCCAGCAGUGAAGUGCAGCCCCACUUUAUCUGGGGAGAAAUCUACAUUCUGGUGGCCAGGAAACUCUAGCCCCAUAUUGAUCACCGUUUGUUCUGCUUCUCUUGUCGAGUGUUUUCAGGCUCCAUCCAGACUCUCUUUUAACCUACUGAGAAGGAAAGGAAGUGGGCCCUAGAGGUGAGGAUUCUAAAGGGGUCAUUUCAGUGAACCUCCUGACCCCAGGCAUGUCCUUCUUUCUCCAUGUUGGUUGGUCCUGUGGGCCAAGGAUCAAGGAUGCUAACUUGCUUUUGGUGGGGGUGGGGGAGGGGGGAGUGGGCCUGGGGCCUGUAGGUUAGAGCAGCUCUGAUUAUCUGUAACCUGAGCCUUCAGGCCAGUAGGUUGAACAUCUGGGCAGUGUAACCUCACACCUUCUAUGACGGAUCAAAUCUCUGUUCCUGCUGGCUGGUUUCACCGGAGCAGAGGGUUGGGGGGAGGGCUGGAAGGGACAAGUGCUGUCGAGCUCCGCCUGCCAGGUUCUGUUACUGGUGUUGAAGGGGUGUGGUUUGAAAAGAACAAAGCCUCUUUGGAAGUUCCCGUGUGGUGCAGCAGGUUAAGGAGCCAGCGUUGUCGCAGGUGUGGUGCAGGCCACACCUGCAGCAUGGGUUCGAUCCCAGGCCCAGGAACUUCUACAUGCCACAGAACAAUGCCUCUAGGUGGUGAAAGAUAAAUAAGUCAAGGCUCCAAGCGAGCAGUGGGUACAGAGAGUGGCAUGAGCCAUUCUAGGAGGUAGACUCCAACAUCCCAAAUGAUGGGCUAAAAGCUUUCAAAUCCAUAAUGAUAAUAAUAAAAAAUAUCAAUCUAAGCCAAAUGAUUAUUGUGACAGUGGGGGACUCAUAUUUGGAGACUAAACCUGUUGAGCGGAUGCAUCUGGGACCAUCCAUUCCUAUCGGUUUAAAUGCAGUGUAUUGUUUUUAGGGGCUAAAUCUGUUUGUUAGAAGAUUAAAUCCCAGGAAUCUCAGGUUUUUCUCUAAGCCAGAGAAACCAGCUUUGCAUCCUAAUGCAGAAACUCCUCUAGAAAAUGUGUGACAUGGAUGGAGGCAAUCAUUAGUUUGUCAAUGAAUUAAGAAAACUUGAGUGAUGCCAAAAGCAUUUCCCCAAGAUUAUAGCUGAGAAUUCCCAGCCAGUGGAUCAGGCUUAGGAAGGAGCGUAGCACAGGGUGCCGGGAGCUUUCUUUGCAGACGUUUUUGAGGGUAGCUGUGAAGUGGUCCUAGGGGACCCUGUGGUAGCUGGAAUGUAUUUCACCUUCAGAAACUGCAUCUACCACCUGACAUGCUACUAGGGUCCCCAGACCUCAAUUUGCCUGGAGUAUUGGGACAGAUGUUGGUUUUGGAGUUGGUAAAGCCUGGGCUUGAAACUGUGGUCUGUCAUUUACUGGCUGUGUGACCUUGGGCAAGUUACUUUACCACUCUGAGCAUCUUAAGUAUUGUUUUCUUUGUGAAGCAAGAGGAAUGAAAGUUUGGCCUCGGCCUCCUGGUGCUGGAGGGGUGGGCUGGGGGUGCAAGUCAGAGAUAAGGUAGAGGUCCAGGCUCCAUAAUCAGUAUUCUGCCCACCCCAGUUGGGGGGAACUGGAUUGGGCCUAAAACAGCAGAGAGUUGACCCUUUUGACUUUCUUCUCUCCUUUCCCCCUACCCGUCAGCCCAUUUCAUUGGUUUCCCCUUUGGAAUCUGGCCCCUGCUGCCUGGUCUGGGUUGCUCAUCAGUGUCCUAAUUCCGCUCCUGCCCACCCUCCGCCCCAGUUCGUGUUCCACUCUGCAGCCAGAUGGAUCCUAUUCAAAGGUUAAUUGGGUCAGGUUGUCUGCUCCUAUGGCUCCCUCCCUCCCUCUCCAGGCAAAAGCCACCAUUCUCGCCAGUCCAGGGUGGAUUUACCAUCCAGGCCUGUCACUUGCACAGGCUCCUUCCAAGGCCCUGAGUCAAACUUUUAUUUUUAUUUAUUUUUAAUUUUAUUUUUGUCUUUUUAGGGCCUCACCUGCCGCAUAUGGAAGUUCCCAGACUAGGGGUCGAAUUGG